CUGAUGUUGGUCGCUUACAACUAAGUCAAAAUGUCUGUUGAGGACAUAGAAGAUCUUCGUCUCAGAUUCGUAUUCAGCUAUAUCCAACUAAUUACCGAUGUGAAAUAUGACAAAAUAAAAAAAUUCCUGGAUGAUUCGAAACAAGCCGAAAAGUUGUUGGAUUUCUUCGAGCAAUCGGAUCUCACACACUUGUUUGUUGUUCUUCACCCGACCGGUGUAUUUGAAAUUCACACAAAGUUUCCGGAAGUUUUCAAGUUCAAGGCGUACUAUUUCAUCAAAAAAGAACGAGGCGUCAUUGAGAAGAACACUGACUGGUCUACGUUGAACACACUGCUGUCCUAUGGUGAUAUGGAUAAAUCCCCGUUGCAUCACUUUAUUGCAUUUGUAAAUACUGUACUUUCACCCAUUAUUCUGAAUGAGAAAAAUCGUGAGGAUUGGCCCGAGUCUUUGAGCGAGUACAUCAAACGUGACCUGUACAAUCUACAGAAAAAGUCGGCCAUGGUACUGGCUAGAAUUGAAGGGAAGACUCAUUUGGCACACCCUGUUGGCAUAGAAAAGAUUGACACUCAAGAACCCAUCUCAUGUCAUGGAGAUGACGUGAUUGGCAGCCUGAUGUACGCCAUCGAAACUGCUGUGGUCGAUUGGAGUGCACAGAUCAAUGAUAUCCUAAAACAGCAAUCCGGACAAGCCAUCGCCAACGGGGAAUUUCCCUUACCAAAUUUCGAAUAUGAGUUUUGGCAACAGCGGAUGAAUUGUAUGCAGGACAUCUACCAACAAUUGGUACAUCCGAAAGUAAAAAAGAUGGCUGUCAUACUGGAGGCAAACAGGAGUGCUUACGCGAAUCCUUUCAAAGAGAUGUUCAAGAGGGUAGUUAGGGCUAUUGUCGAAUCGGAAACAAUCGUGACCUUUCUAACCCCUUUAAUAAAUUAUCUCAAUGACUUGGAAACCGUGCAAUUUGAGGAGCUGAAGCCAAAGAUUCAGCCGAUCGUUCAUCUGAUGGCCCUUCUCUGGGUCAACUGUGAGUACUACCGCAGUACGGACAGGAUUGUAAUCCUGAUGACGGAGACGUGUAACUUGUUAAUUCAGCUGUGUCGGCAAUACCUGGAUCCGACAGAAAUCAUUAAAGAAGAACCGGAUGAGGGUCUGAUCAAGAUAAACAAGUCGCUGGAUAUUCUGCGGCACUUUCGUGACGUAGUUGAAGACUACCGACAAAAUGUGAAGGAAUCUUGUCAGGAACAAAAUGUGGAACCUGCGGAGUGGACAUUCCAUUCAUCUUGGGUUUUCAGUCGUUUGAAUGCGUUCAUUGAAAGACUGGAGGCUAUCAAGGUUUACUAUCACACACUGCUGGACUAUAGUCGAUUGGAGAAAGUCGAAGUUCAUGGAGUUGUCGGUCAGACCCUAACCACGAGAGUCAGUAUGGUGUACGACGAAUACCAAGAAGCAUACCGCAAAUUUACUGACACAAAUAUGGACUGCUUAUCCACCGAGGACACGACCUUCUCCACAGCCCUCAGUGAAUUCAUGAAGUUGUUCGACCACUGGGAUAACCGGAUGUCGACAAUAAUCGUGAAGGCAUUUUUAAUGAGCAAUACAACUCUCGGCGCUUUCAAGACCAUUUUCAUGUUCGGACCACUGCUGGAACGUACACUCAUCAAACCUAUCUUUGAACCAUGUUACACUGACUUACUGAACAAACUACAUCUGGAGUUGGACACCUGCAAGGAAAUUUUGGAUUCACAUUUUGACAAACCUGAGCGAUUAAAUCAGACAAUCUCCAAAUCACUCCCUCCAGCUGCUGGUGCCAUCGCUUGGUCAGCUUAUCUUCUUCGAAGAGUCCAUUCGGUUAUGAGCCCAAUCGACUUACUCGAUUAUCCUAUAUUGCAGACUGACCAGGGUGAACGACUCCUUCAAAAACGAGAUGAACUCCUUGAACUCCUCUCUACAUUUCGGGCACAGCGUCUUGAAGAAUUUUGCGAAACGGCUCCUGAAAAAUGUAAUGUCAAUUUGAAGCUACCUUUAUUACGUCGAAACCCGGCAACGCAAACAAUCGACGUGAAUUUCGAUGAUCAGCUGGUUGAGGUCCUACGCGAAGUUCAUUACUUGUUGUUCUUAAGUGGCGAGGAUGAGUGCUCACUAGCUAGUCCAGAAAGUGUCGUCUUUGGUCUCCCAGAGAAAAUCAAAGAUUCACUUCCGGCCAGCACACUGGAAAUGUACAAGCGCUUGGAACCACUUCGAGAAUCGAGGUUGAAGUUGGCUCAAAUCCAGAACGCCUACAAUUCGGUCCGCCAAAAGACACUAACCGUUGAGUUCCCACUGAUUGCAGAUGAAGUGGAUCAGUUCGAUAAUCUUCUCGCUCCUGCGCUGAAAACCAUGACUUGGGAGAGCGUGGACUCCAGCUUCAUUGACACAGCUUUGGAGACUGUCAGUGAGAUUCAGUCGCGUGUGACGAAGGCCCAAGAAAAUUUGAAACAAGUCGAACACUUGUCUGGUCAAUGGCGCGCGUUACCGUUGUACCAAGGCAAAGAACGGAAGUAUGACUGCUUGAUUCCGCUUGAGGAACGCGAUGGUUUGAGAGAAACCAGGUUCAAGGAAGUCGCUUCUGCAGCCCAGAAGAUUCAUGAAUUGAUCAAGGAAAAUUUAGAACUGUACAAAGCCGAAGAGGACGGUCCGGAUUGGUCAGCCUAUUUGGAAGCUGCGGAAGAUAUCAUUCUCGAGGGUCUCAUUGAAGCGGUUCGUUGUAGCUUAUCCUACUUAGCAAACCAUACCGAGAAAGGCAAACUGGAAAGUCCGUUGAUGGAAACGAAGCUGAACUUGGUCGACAAUCGUCUAUCAUACACACCGGGUGUACUAGAAAACCAGGCAGAAAACCUUCUGGAUCUCGUAGACAGUUUGGUUCAAGACAUUACGGAUCAAUCUCGGUUGAUACCAUCAUUGACAAACCAACCACACGCACCUCCAUCAUCAGUCUCACCGGUGGCAGCAACAGUAGCAGAGCCAGAGGCAGUUGAUGUGUCUGAUUUGUCUGUCGAACAGACUGAACCAUCUUCGGAGGUGUCUCUCACUCAACAGGUCAAAUCCCUUGUUGGUUUUUCACAACAAGUCCUCAACACCCCUGAGAUAUCCGAGUCCAUCAAGAAGAUUACUGAUCACGUGCGAUCAGCAAUGCGUUCCGCAACCGAUUUCCAGAACAACCUUGAAGCCAGCUAUUCUGUCUAUUGGGCUGAGGACCGGACAGAAUUUAUUCGCCAGUUCUGUCGCUAUGGUCGUCUCCUUACCAAGGAGGAUCUUGGCCCAACAGGUGAGAUUGAGGCCCCGGAAAAUCCACCUACUUUGGAACAAUUCCGUGAACAGAUUCUCAAGUACGAUCGUGUCUAUGAGGAAGUGGAACAUUUAGAGGAUUCACGCGUGUUUGACACUUGGCUGCGGGCAGAUUUGAAACCGUUCAAAAUGUCUUUGUUGGCAGUGAUACGGCAAUGGAGUGACAAGUUCAAACAGUAUCUGGUAGAUCAUGUGACCUCCACGUUGGAUAACUUGAAGGCCUUUAUUGAAGAUAGUAUAAAUGACCUGGAACUGAAAGGUGAUCCGGAGAAAGUUGACUACAAUAAGCUGGUGACGGUGCUGGAAAGACUGAAGCUGAUUCGGGAAGCUGAAGAUGCGACAGACGCCGGAUUCGAACCACUUCGCGAAACCGUGGCACUACUCAAGGAGUUCGGUGAAGAACUUCCAGAUGCAAUGAACAAAUUAUUGGAGUUUUUACCGGAACAAUGGCACGAACUAAAGAACAUCGCUGUCCUAACCAAACAGAAAAUACAACCUUUGCAAGAACGUGAAGUUCAAAAUAUCCGAGCAAUGAGUGCUCACUACGAUACCGAGUCAGCUCGACUGAAGCGCGAAUUUGGCGAGUCGGAAGUGUUCACUUUUGACUGUUCAGAGCCGUACGAAAGCCUGGAUGAAUGGAACACCCGUCUGACCGAGAUUGAAGAAGGCGUGACAGAAAUGCAGAUAUCCGCUAAGUCGUUCGAGGUGCGGGAUAUUCCAACUUACUUGGAUCUGAAAGCCAUGCGACGUGAGAUGAAAGUUACCAAGCGAGUGUGGGAUUACAUCAACAUGUUCCGAAGUUACGUGACUGCAUGGAAGACUUCAAAAUGGAAAGAAAUCGAUUUCGGAGCAAUUGACGAGGUGAUUCGAGAGAUUUCUAUUGAAAUCCGCACGAUGGACAAGGAUGUUAAACAGUGGCCUAUGUUCCAGGGUUUGGAGGCCGAACUGAAAGAUAUUAACGCAGCUGUAACUGCUGUCCGAGAUCUACAAAAUCCGGCAGUCAAAGAGAGACACUGGAUUGAGCUUAUGACCGACACUGGACGAAUGAUUGAAAUCAAUGACGAGACCACCUUGGCCGAUCUACUCUCCCUCAACUUGCACAAAUUCGAGGAAGAAGUUCAUGGUAUUGUGUCCAAAGCAUCCAACGAACAAAAGAUCGAAAGAGAUUUGGAGAAGAUAGAACAAGUAUGGAAUGAAAUGAUGUUCGAAUAUGAAACGCACGAUCGAACCGGAUUAGAACUGCCAAAACAAACUGAGGAGCUGACCGGCACUUUGGAAGAAAUUCAGGUUAAAGUGUUAGACAUGCUUGGGAAUCGCGACAACACAUUCUCGAUAGAUCGCAUCAACUACUGGCACAAGACUCUGUCCAUGACAGACCAGGUACUGACAGUAUGGUUCGAGACGCAGCGCGUCUGGUCCGGCUUGGAAUCGAUUUUUGUCCUAUGUGACGAUAUCCAAGCACAGUUGCCGAAUGAUACCGCAUUAUUCAUGGAGUUAGACAAGGAAUUUCGUGUGCUAAUUGAUGAACUCCAAAGUAAACCCAAGGUGCUGGAUGCAACGACACAAAGACCAGAGAUUUUGGGCGAAAUUCAAAAGAUCCGUGACGGAAUGACGAUUUGUGAAAAGGCCUUGGCUGAUUACCUGGAAACCAAGCGUUUAUCAUUCCCACGUUUCUAUUUCGUAUCCCAAGUCGAUGUGACGGAUAUUGUGAGCAACGGAAAGGUGCCAGCCAAAGUUCUACGUCAUUUGUCAAAACUUUUCGACAGUAUUUGUAGCUUAACCUUCGAAAAACCUGAUGCCGCAGUGAAGCAUGCAACUAAGAUGAUUGCUAAAGAUGGUGAAGAGGUCAAAUUCGUGAAGUCAUUCGAUCUUACUGGUCAGGUGGAGGAGUGGCUCAACCAGUUGCUUGAUGAAAUGCGACACACGCUGCGUAAGAUCCUCGCAGACGCCGUUGCUGCCUAUGAAGAGAAACCUCGAGAUCAGUGGAUUUUUGACUAUCCCGCUCAAAUUGCGUUGACCGGUUCCCAAAUCGGUUGGAACAGUGAGGUACAAAUAGCGUUUGGACGACUGGAAGAAGGUCUAGAGAAUGCGAUGAAAGAAUACAACAAGAAGCAAAUCAACCAGCUGGGUAUUUUGAUCCAGAUGCUUCUCACCGAUCUGACUCCUGGGGCUCGUCAAAAGAUCAUGACCCUCUGUACCAUUGAUGUACACAAUCGGGACAUUGUGGGCAAGCUUAUUUCACAAAAAGUCGAUAGUUCACAAGCUUUCACGUGGCUGUCCCAGUUACGUCACCGGUGGGAUGAUGCGCGACAGGAUUGUCUCGCCAACAUUUGUGACGCCCAGUUCGCCUAUGCCUACGAGUAUUUGGGCAACACACCACGACUUGUCAUUACCCCACUGACAGAUCGUUGUUACAUCACUCUGACGCAAUCGUUGCACCUUUGCAUGAGCGGUGCUCCAGCUGGUCCUGCCGGGACUGGGAAAACAGAAACCACGAAGGACUUAGGCCGUGCACUCGGGGUUAUGGUGUACGUGUUUAACUGUUCCGAACAGAUGGAUUACAUGUCUGUGGGAAAUAUCUACAAAGGACUGGCCCAAGCUGGUGCCUGGGGUUGCUUCGAUGAAUUCAACCGGAUCGCGGUCGAAGUUCUGUCCGUUGUUGCGGUACAAGUCAAAGCGAUUCAGGACGCAAUACGUUUGAAGAAGGAGCGAUUCAACUUUCUGGGUGAAAUAAUUCCGCUGGAUCCCGCAGUGGGCUUGUUCAUCACCAUGAAUCCGGGUUACGCUGGUCGCACGGAAUUGCCAGAAAACUUGAAGGCUUUGUUUCGACCUUGUGCCAUGGUCGUACCUGACUUCGAACUGAUUUGCGAAAUUAUGUUGGUUGCUCAAGGAUUCUUGGACGCCACUAUCCUGGCACGUAAAUUCAUCACUCUCUACCAGCUCUGUAGGGAGUUGUUGUCCAAGCAAGAUCACUACGAUUGGGGUCUAAGGGCCAUCAAAUCGGUGUUGGUGGUGGCCGGUGCAUUAAAACGAGGAAAUCCGGAACACAGUGAAGAUUCGGUUCUGAUGCGUGCGUUGCGCGACUUUAAUGUGCCGAAGCUGGUCACUGAAGACAUGGCUGUAUUUCUUGGCCUGAUUUCAGACUUGUUCCCUAAUUUGGAUGCUCCACGAAAGCGAAACAUGCAAUUCGAAGCAGCCGUAAAACAAGCUACCGAGGAUUUGGGAUUACAACCAGAGGAUUCAUUCAUUCUCAAAGUGGUUCAAUUGCAAGAACUGUUCGAUGUUCGCCACUCGGUGUUUAUUGUCGGUAAUGCGGGAACUGGAAAGUCCCAAGUUUGGAAGACGUUACAGCAGACCUACCGGAUAAAGAAACAGAAACCAGUCGCUAUUGACUUGGACCCCAAGGCGGUGACUAAUGAUGAGUUGUUCGGUAUCAUCAACCCCUCAACCAGGGAGUGGAAGGACGGACUGUUCUCUGUUGUCAUGCGUGAUCUGGCUAACAUGACUGGACCCGAUCCGAAGUGGAUUGUUCUGGAUGGAGAUAUCGAUCCCAUGUGGAUCGAAUCACUCAACACGGUCAUGGAUGAUAACAAGGUUUUGACGCUGGCCAGUAACGAACGCAUCCCACUGACGGACAGCAUGCGUUUGUUGUUUGAAAUCAGUCACUUGAAAACGGCCACACCGGCUACCGUUUCCCGAGCUGGUAUUUUGUACAUCAAUCCUGGUGACCUGGGCUGGAUUCCCUACGUACACAGUUGGCUUGAUGAACGGGUGCGUGCAAAGAAGACGCUUUCCCGGACAGAAAGACCUGCGUUGUCGAUUUGUUUUGACAAGUAUGUUGGUCCAUCACUAGAAGUUGUGCGAUCAAAGUUUAAACGCAUCACUCCCAUACCGGAUAUCGCCCACGUAGAAAUGCUAUGCUAUCUCCUUGAAUGUCUUUUGGACGCACAAAUGGCGUCGAAAGAUACGCGAGAAUUUACAAAAGAGAACUAUGAAAUGCUGUUUGUGUUCUGUUGCGUGUGGGCUUUCGGUGGCUCCUUAUUCAAAGAUCAGCUGGCGGACUACCGGGUGGAAUUUUCCCGAUGGUGGCUCAAUGAAUUCAAGCAUGUCAAGUUUCCGUCCACCGGUGGAGUAUUUGACUUCGUUUGGAGUCUGCAGAGCCGUAAGUUCGAACCCUGGAAUUCCAGACUUACAAAAUGUGAACUGGAUCCGGAAGUGCCACUGGAGGCUUCUCUAGUACCUACUGUAGAGGUCGUACGUCUGCGGUUCUUCUUGGAUUUGCUAAUUGAAGCCGGUCAUCCCGUCAUGCUUGUUGGUGCAGCUGGAACGGGAAAAUCGGUGAUUAUGCAAGACAAAUUUGCUUCGCUUUCCGACGAUUUCAUGGUAAAAAAUAUACCGUUCAAUUUCUACACGACCAGCCUGAUGUUGCAGGACGUUCUGGACAAGAGUUUGGAGAAAAAGGCUGGCAUCAACUAUGGGCCACCGGGACAAAAACGUCUGAUUUACUUUAUCGACGACCUGAACAUGCCAGAAGUUGACCAAUACUUCACUGUCCAACCGCACACACUAAUACGUCAACAUAUUGACCACAGGCACUUCUACGAUAGACAAAAAUUGACCUUGAAGAGGGUGAGCAAAACUCAGUACGUGGCAGCAAUGAAUCCAACUGCUGGUAGCUUCACAAUCACACCGCGGUUGCAACGCCACUUCUCAGUGUUCGCUCUGAGUUUCCCAGAUGAAUCGGCCGUGAAAACUAUCUAUUCUACAGUGCUUAAACAACACUUUGUACGAAACAGCUUUCCCAUGACGUUGGUUCGUUCUGUUGAGACACUGGUGGAAGCUUGUCUGGCUGCUCACAACAAGAUCACUGCAGUAUUUCUGCCAACUGCAAUUCGAUUCCACUACGUAUUCAACCUACGUGAUUUGACGAAUAUAUUCCAAUGUUUGCUGUUCAGUUCUCCUGAGACAUGCAAUUCGGUGCUCUCGCUGAUUCGGCUUUAUCGACAUGAAGCGAUGCGGGUGUAUACGGACAAGAUGUUAGAUGUGGCCGACACGGAACUAGCCAUGAAACACAUAACCAACGCGUUGACUUCACAAUUCCCCGAGGUGGUCGCGGCGGAUAUCACAGCUGAAACGCUUGUCUACUGCAGUUUCAACAAAGGGCUGUCCGGUGAACGUGCCUACAGUGCUGUGGGAUCAGUGGAAGAAAUCAGUGAAGUGGUGAUCAAUGCGUUGAACACGUACAAUGACAAUUUUGCAGUGAUGAAUCUCGUACUUUUCGGCGAUGCGAUCGCCCAUGUGCUGAGAAUUUGUCGUAUUUUGGAAAUGCCACGCGGCAGUGCGCUACUCAUCGGGAUCGGAGGUUCGGGGAAACAGUCAUUGUCCCGUUUAUCCGCCUUUAUAUCAGGUUUUGAGGUGUCUCAGGUUGUGCUACGCAAAGGCUACUCACAGAACGACCUGCGUAACCAUAUGGCUCAACUAUAUUUAAAAGCCUCGCUGAAGAAUAUGCCGUUCGUUUUCCUUAUGACUGACGCACAGGUGGCCGACGAACGAUUUCUGGUCUAUGUGAACGAUUUUCUUGCAUCUGGAGAAAUUCCAAAUUUGUUUUCCGAUGAGGAGAUGGAGCAAAUAAUUGCUGGUAUUCGACCAGAAGUGAAAAGUGUUGGUCUGAUGGACUCCGUGGAGAAUUGCUGGCAAUUUUUCAUUGACAAGACGCGUAAAAUGUUACGGGUAAUACUAUGUUUUUCUCCAGUCGGCGACAAGCUGCGACUUCGCGCGCGACGCUUUCCUGCUCUGGUCAAUCGCACAUCCAUAGACUGGUUCCAUGAGUGGCCAGAAGAGGCCCUUUUGUCUGUAUCCGCGCGCUUCCUGGAGGACUGCCCCGGAUUAUCUGAGGAAGUUCUUCCAUCAGUGAGCCAGUAUAUGGCUUUCGCUCACAGCACGGUGAACGAAUUGAGCAGAGACUAUCUGGACAAAGAACGCCGUCACAACUAUACCACACCCAAAUCAUUUUUGGAACAAAUCAGCCUGUACAAACGCAUGGUCGGUGCACAAAUUGAGGAGUUGCAGCAAAAGAUCGAUCGCCUAGUCAACGGUUUGGAUCGUUUGAGAGAUGCGGGGGAACAGACAAGCGAGUUAAAAGUACAGUUGGCCGCACAGGAGGUUAUUGUGAACGAGAAGACGGAGAACGCUAACAAGCUGAUUGCUGUAGUGGGCCAAGAGACAGAAAAAGUUUCCGCCGAAAAGGAAAUCGCAGCCGAAGAGGAAGCCAAGGUUAGUGUUAUUAAGGCUGAAGUGACGCGUAAGCAGAGAGACUGUGAAGAAGAUCUGCGUAAAGCUGAACCGGCUUUGAUCGCCGCUCAAGAGGCCUUAAACACAUUGAACAAGAACAAUCUGACGGAAUUGAAGGCUUUGACUACUCCUCCACCGGAUGUGGUGCUCGUCUGUUCGGCGGUCAUGUGCCUAUUUGCUAUGGAUGGAAAGCUCCCCAAGGAUCGAAGCUGGCGCGCUGCCAAGGCUGGAAUGAUGUCCAAAGUGGAUCAGUUUCUGAGCAACUUGUUAAACUACGACAAGGAGCAUAUACACCACAAUAGCAAGCAAGCUGCCAUGGAGUAUGUGAAAAUGCCCAGCUUUGAUCCAGAUGUUAUUCGAACGAAGUCUUCCGCCGCAGCCGGUCUGUGUUCUUGGGUGAUAAACAUACUGAAAUUCUACGACGUUUAUCUGGAGGUCAAGCCAAAACGCGAUGCUCUGGAUGCCGCGAACGAAGAGCUUCGUCAAGCUACCGAAAAAUUAGAGGUAUUACAGAAAAAGAUCUCCAUCUUGGAAGCAUCUUUGGCUGAAUUAACCGCCAAUUUCCGUGAAGCAACUGAGGAGAAGUUACGUUGUCAACAGGAAGCAGAUUUUACUGCGAAGACCUUGGAUUUAGCCAAUCGGUUAGUCAGUGGAUUUGCUUCUGAGAAUGUCCGGUGGGCGCAGCAGGUUGAGGUACUCCGUGAGCUUGGAACAACUGUAGUUGGUGACGUGUUGAUCACUACCACCUUCAUCUCCUACUUUGGGUAUUUGAGUAAACCGUUUCGUCAGCAGCUGAUGGAUGAAAAACUAUGGCCGUUUAUGAGAAGUCUUGCUGUCCCUAUCCCCAUUCGUUCGGGUAUUGAUCCUCUGUACAUGCUAGUCGAUGACGCCGUCAUCGCAACAUGGAAUAAUCAGUCUCUACCAGAGGAUCGUAUGUCUGUGGAGAACGCUGCCAUAUUCACGUUUUGUGAAAGAUGGCCCUUGUGUGUAGACCCACAGUUGCAAGCCUUAAAAUGGAUUAAACAGAAGUACGGUUCCGACUUAAUCGUAACACGGUUGGGUGUGAGAAAUUAUCUGGAUCAAAUUGAAAGAGCCAUCAUGGAUGGACAUACGGUACUGAUAGAAAAUAUCGGCGAAUUUGUGGAUCCGAUUCUAGACCCGGUCAUCGGUCGUCAGACAAUCAAAAGGGGGACUGCAAUCAAGAUGGGUGAUAGAGAGAUCCCGUACAAUCCGAACUUCCGCUUGAUCCUUCAGACCAAACUGGCCAAUCCGCACUAUCAACCAGAGCUGCAAGCACAAACGACAUUGAUUAACUUCACCGUGACUCGAGACGGGCUUGAAGAUCAGCUCCUGGCGGUGGUGGUUAGCAAAGAGCGUCCAGAUCUGGAGAAAUUGAAGUCUGACCUCACUAAACAGCAGAACGAAUUCAAAAUUACCUUGAAGAAUCUCGAAGAUUCUCUUUUGGCCAAACUGGCCUCUUCCGGAGGUAACUUCUUAGGUGAUCAUUCAUUGGUGGAAAACCUGGAGACCAAUAAGAAAACGGCUAAGGAUAUUGAAGAGAAAGUUGCAGAAGCAAGGAUUACUGAGAGGGAAAUUAAUCAAGCACGUGAGCACUACCGAAGUGCUUCAUCCAGAGCUGCUCUGAUCUAUUUCGUCAUGAAUGACCUAUGCCAUAUUCAUCCCAUGUACCAGUUCUCAUUGAAAGCUUUUCGUACUGUAUUCGAACAGUCGAUAGAUACGGCACCGGAAGCUGACAGUGAUAAGGAACGUCUGAUAAGUCUGUUGGACAACAUCACUUAUUCAAUUUUCGUUUAUACAACCAGAGGAUUGUUUGAAAAAGACAAACUCAUCUUCCUCAUACUAAUGGUGUUACAAGUACAGCUAGCCUCCAAAGAACUUUCGCCAAUCUUGAUGGACUUCUUGUUGCGCUACCCCGUAGUACCGGAUGUCAAAAGCCCGGUAGAUUUUCUCAACGAUCUCAAUUGGGGUGGCGUCCAAACUUUGAUAAAAAUGAGCAAUUUCCGUGAUCUGGAUAAAGAUAUUAUUGCUUCGGCCAAGCGAUGGAAGGCAUUUUUGGAGACUGAGGCUCCUGAAAAGGAAAAAUUCCCACAGGAGUGGAAAAACAAGAGUGCCGCUGAGAAAUUGUGCAUGAUGCGGGCAUUAAGGCACGAUCGAAUGACCUAUGCAUUGCGGCACUAUGUUGGAACAACCUUUGGAUCCAAGUACGUUGAAGCUCGCCAAAUUGAAUUCGGUAGAUCCUUCAAAGAAUCUGGACCGUCUGCACCAAUAUUCUUCAUCUUGUCUCCUGGUGUGGACCCUCUGAAAGACGUCGAGGUGCUAGGACAUAAGUUAGGCUUCACGCUGGACCAGGGAAAUUUCCACAACAUUUCCUUAGGUCAAGGUCAAGAGGUGGUUGCCGAGGCUGCACUGGAGACAGCCGCGCAAGAGGGGCAUUGGGUCGUAUUGCAAAACAUUCAUCUAGUGGCACGCUGGUUGAGCACAUUGGAGAAGCGCCUGGAACAGUAUGCUGAAUCCGCGCACCCAGAUUACCGUGUGUUUAUCAGUGCGGAACCUGCGGGAGAUCCAUCUGCACAUAUUAUUCCGCAAGGUAUCCUGGAAAACGCAAUCAAAAUAACCAAUGAACCACCAACAGGAAUGCACGCAAACUUACACAAGGCUUUGGACAAUUUCUCCCAGGUAAACGUGUUUCUGUUUCAUUUAUUUGUCUGUGAAAUCUUUGAGUUCGGUUGGAGAAAACUAAGCGCGGUUGGACUAUACGCAACAAAACAAGAGCUUGCGAAACUCCAGGCUCGUUGGCUUCAUGCCAAGAAGCGUCAUUAAGAAACUUUGGAACGUUGCACCAAAGAGGCUGAAUUCAAGCCUAUCCUAUUCGCGCUAUGCUAUUUCCAUGCUGUGGUCACCGAACGGAGCAAAUUCGGCGCGCAAGGUUGGAACCGAACGUAUCCAUUCAAUGUGGGCGAUUUGUGCAUCUGUUUGGAUGUGCUCUACAAUUACCUUGAAGCCAACUCCAAGGUUCCUUGGGAAGAUUUACGCUACUUGUUUGGUGAGAUUAUGUACGGCGGGCACAUCACAGAUGAUUGGGAUCGACGCCUGUGUCGAACGUUCCUGGAGGAAUUUUUGCAACCGGAUCUGGUUGAUGGAGACUUGUAUUUGGCACCAAACUUUAUGGUUCCACCUAAUUCGGAUUACGUGGGCUAUCACGACUACAUCGACAAAAAUCUUCCACCCGAAUCGCCUUACUUAUACGGUUUACACCCGAACGCUGAGAUCGAUUUCCUAACGAAGGCUGCUGAACGCACAUUUCGAGUGGUUCUCGAACUUCAACCGCGUGACUCAGGUGCGGAUGUAGGUGAUGCUCCAAGCAGAGAAGAGACGCUUAAUAACUUGUUGGAAGAUCUUACGGAGCGAUUACCGGACGGCUUUCCAAUGGCUGAGUUGUACGCACGCCAGGCACCCGAAGAACGCAGUCCUUACGUGGUUGUCGUACUGCAAGAAUGUGAACGCAUGAAUUUACUUAUUGACGAGAUACGGCGAUCUCUGAAGGAACUGCGACUUGGUCUCCGUGGUGAACUGACGAUCACGGGUGCUAUGGAAACGCUUAUCAACGCCCUGUUUCUAGACCAGGUUCCUGCCUCCUGGGAAAGGUAUGCCUAUCCAAGUCUCUAUCCCCUGGGCUUGUGGUUUGCUGACAUGCUGAAUCGUACGAAGGAGUUAGAGAUUUGGUCUCAAGACCUCGGACUUCCGGGUUCCGUAUGGAUUGGAGGUUUGUUCAAUCCACAGUCGUUCCUUACUGCUGUAAUGCAACAGACGGCACGUAAGAUGGAGUGGCCACUUGACAAGAUUUGUAUCAGUGUUGAAGUGACCAAGAAGACGAAGGAAGAGAUGGGUUCCGCUCCUCGUGAAGGCGCCUAUGUUCACGGACUCUUCAUGGAAGGUGCACGGUGGGAUUCGGGUGCCGGGUGCAUGACGGAUGCUCGAAUUAAAGAGCUGGCACCACCUAUGCCGGUCAUCUUGCUCCGAGCUGUCCCGUCAGAUAGACAAGAAGGUCGAGUUGCUGCUAUGUAUGCCUGCCCAGUGUACAAGACGAAAAUGCGUGGCCCGACGUUCGUUUGGACGUUCCACUUGAAGACCAAAGAAAAACCGGCCAAGUGGAUUAUGGGUGGCGUUGCCCUGUUACUCCAAGUCUAACGGAAAUUUCGAGAUUUAUGGAGUAUGCUGAACAAUGCAACAAUGCAAGAGUAGACCGAGAGACCAGACAACUUGCGGCCUAGCUACUGUUCCGUGCAUACUUUCGCUUUUGAGGUGUCAGUGCUUUCAAACUGUGCUCUUCCAAUAUAGACACUUAUGUUGCCGUG